AUGACACAAGUAAUGCUACAACAAGUCCGACAAGGAAGAAAUGAUGAAGCUAGGAAUUUAAACCAGACUGGGUUGGGAAUUGAACAGUUUAAGAAGCUUAGUCCUCCCAGUUUUAGUGGUGAGCCUGAUCCAAUGAGUCGACAAAAGAGCUAUGCUGAUAACAGAAGACGAGAUAUCGAGUUCCAAGUAGGGGAUUUUGUAUUCCUAAAGGUCUCCCCUUCCAAAGGCAUUGCAAGAUUUGGAAAGAAAGGAAAGUUAAACCCAAGGUUCAUUGGACCUUUUGAGAUCUUUGAAAGAAUUGGCUCUGUCGCUUACAAGAUUGCCUUACCACCAUCGAUGUGUCAUAUUCAUGAUAUAUUUCAUGUGUCAAUGCUCAGAAAGUAUAUACUUUAUCCCUCUCAUGUCAUUGAGUAUGAGCCGAUUGUGAUUGAGAAAGACUUAUUUUACAAGGAAGAGCCCAUUCAGAUUAUUGAUAAAAAAGAGAAGAUAUUAAGAAAUAGAAUCAUUACUCUGGUUAAAGUAAUUUGGAAGCAUCAUUCUACAAAUGAAACGACCUGGGAGCUAGAGGAAGAAAUGAAGAAAGCUUAUCCUCAU